UAUAAAAUGACAUUUAGUCAUUUUAGCUCUUCGAAUAAUGGCAACACCUAAUAACAAAUUCUUUUUAUUUCGGUUCUUUGCCGUGUUGUUUAGGCGAAGAGGACCAAGAUGAAGUACAACAAGCUCGUGACUUCCUCGAGGAGGAAGAACAGGAAGAGGCAUUUCAGUGCACCUUCUCACAUCAGACGAGUUCUCAUGUCCUCACCCCUAUCCAAGGAAUUGAGGCAAAAGUUCAACGUGAAAUCGAUGCCCAUCCGCAAAGACGAUGAAGUACAGGUUGUACGCGGUCACUACAAAGGCCAGCAGGUUGGCAAAGUAGUCCAGGUGUACCGUAAGAAGUUCGUUGUCUACAUCGAGAGGAUCCAGCGUGAGAAGGCCAAUGGCGCCAGCGCAUAUGUUGGCAUCCACCCCUCAAAGUGUGUUAUCGUAAAGCUUAAGAUGAACAAGGACCGCAAGGCGAUCCUCGACCGCAGGGCGAAGGGCCGUCUCGCGGCGCUCGGCAAAGACAAGGGCAAGUACACUGAGGAGACCGCCACCGCCAUGGAGACCUCGUGAACACCUAGAUUUUAAGCUAAUAAAAAAGAUAAAACACGC